AUGAAAGCAAAGUCCUUCAUCAAGGCCCUAUCGACCGUGAUACUCAAAGCCACUGCCAGCUCUGAUUUCGACUUGCGACACUUGUUGCGGAGACGCCCGGCCCGGCCGGGAAAGCGGGACGGGGCCGGCCGCUGCCCGGGGCCGCGGGCACGGCCCCGGAACACCGCCUUCGCCUCCCCGGCCCCCUCGCCGGUAAAGGGGCGCAGCGCCCGCCGCAGCCCUCGCCCCCGGCAAACCCGCCGCCCCCUCCCCUCAGCAGCCGGCGCGGCGCCGAGGGCGCGCAGCCCGGGCGGGCAGAGCCGGCCCACCCCCGCCGCCGCCGCCUCCACCCCGCGGGCCGGGCCCGUCCCUCACCGCUCCGCGCCGCGCCGGGCCGCGCCAGCCGCCCGGGACCCGCCGCCGCUCAAGCCGGAAGCGCCCGGUGACCCGGAUGCGGACCGCGGACCCCCUCGGCCCCUCACGCGCUCCCGCGACGUCCCAGCAGAGGCCACCCCUCCCGCCCCGGAAGGGCUGCCGGCUGGCCAGCGGUUGGGCACGCCCGCUCUCACGGCUACGGCCUUCCCGGCACCGGCCCGGGGGCUGCCGCCGGCCAGCGGGAGGGGGCGGCUGACAGCGGCGCCCCGGAAGUGGAUGCCGGGAGGGGCGGGGCACCGCCUCCUACCGCGGGGAGCGCUUCCGCCGCCGGACGUCAGCGGGGCGGGGAGCGAGGGGGCGGGGCGACCGCCUCAGGCCCCGCCCGGCGGAGGGGCCGCGGAGGGGGGGGGGCGCUGGGGGACCGGGGCCGGUCUCGGCCCCAGAGGCGGGCGGCAGCCGCCGUCCGUGGGAGGAAAAUGCCCGAGCAGCCCCCGCGGCGGGCCCCGGGACUGCCCCCAGGCCGAGAAGGAACGUUACCGGGAAACGAAGCGGCCGUUUCACGGACGUGGGAUGCCUUUGUGCGCUCCCUGUAAGAAAGAUGGCCCGUUAAAGCGCUGUUCUGCUACCAACAGCUUUUGUAUCGCCUUGCAGCCCCCAGAGGAGGGCCGCGUCGCCCCUCCCUUGAGAGGUCGGUUGUCUUUCCACAACCAGAACAGCCUCAGCGGUCAGCGAGGGAGGGAGCAGCACCGCGUCCUGCCGCUCGGCCGCGCACCGGCCCCUCCACCGCUCGCAACGGGACGGAUCCAGCACGCACGGGGCCGAGCCGUGAGCCCGCGGUGA